AUGGUACGAAACCCAGGCCUAAUUCCGUCAAUUGAGUCACUGAGAGGGGGCGAUGUCGCAAGAAAGCGCAUGAUGAUGCGCGACAUGCUUCGCGGAUUUUGGCGAUCCUGCGUUGAGCCCGAUCCUGUUAGCAAUGAACCGUUCGUCGCAGAUUCCAUCAUCGCCAACCCUCCCAGUUUCGCCCACGUUCACUGUGCACAAGCCCUUGCCAUCCCGGUACACAUCAUGUUCACGAUGCCGUGGACGGCCACCCGCGCCUUUCCUCACCCGCUCGUCAAUAUCCAGCCCAACAACAACCUUGAGCCGCAGACGACGAAUUGGCUCUCGUAUGGCGUUGUUGAGCUGAUGACCUGGCAGGGUUUGGGCGAUGUGAUCAACUCUUGGCGAUGCAAGGACCUUGAGCUUGCGCCGAUAGCAGCUAGCAUGGGGCCUGGAAUCACGACUUUUCUCAAGAUACCGCACACGUAUUGCUGGUCGCCCGCUGUGGUGUCUAAGCCGGCUGAUUGGGGCCCUGAGAUUGAGGUCUGCGGCUUUUUCAUGAGGGAUGAACCUUCAUUCAAGCCGCCAGCUGACUUGGACGCCUUUCUUGCAUCGGGCCACCCUCCAUUGUACAUUGGCUUCGGCAGCAUUGUAAUCGACGAUCCAGCCCGUCUGACGAAUAUCAUUCUGGAGGCCGCAAAGUUGUGCAACACGCGCGUGAUAAUUUCGCGGGGGUGGAGCAAGCUGGGCGAGGGAAACGACAACACAAGUGAGGUGUUUUAUUUGGAUGACUGCCCACAUGAAUGGCUCUUUAAGCGAGUGUCAGCAGUGGUUCACCACGGAGGGGCAGGGACAACAGCUUGCGGCCUCAUCAACGCCAGGCCGACUGUCAUUGUGCCUUUUUUCGGUGAUCAGCCGUUCUGGGGGCGAGUCGUCGCCAACACCGGCGCUGGACCCCCACCCAUCCCGCAAAAAGAGUUGAGCGUAGAGCGACUGACAGCAGCUAUUAAGUUCUGCCUAUCCUCAGCCGUAAAGCGGGCUGCAGAGGAUGUUGCAGGGAUCAUGCGGCAAGAACGCGGUGUCGAUGCUGCCGUUAAAUCUUUUCACAGAAACCUACCGUCCAGUCUAUUUUGCGACUUUCUGCCCGAUCAACCCGCAGCAUGGACCUAUGAGAAGAAGUAUAAAUCAGGCAGAAAACAGCUAAAACUCUCAAACCAAGCCGCAAUGUAUCUGGUCGAAGCUCGGAAGCUCAGAGAUACCGACCUCAAGCCGUUCCAUUCGCGAGAAUACAACACUGACGUCAAGCGUUGGGAUCCCAUUACUGGGGGAGCUUCUUCCCUACUGGGCACUGUAACCGACUUUACAUUUGCUCUGGGAGGCACGUUCAUCGAUCCCUGGAAAGAGUACAAGCGCGCUAAAGCCUCGGGCCAUGAGGCUGGGCGAGCAAGCGGUGCGGCCGCCUUUGCUGUCGGAAAGGGACUUGCCUCCAUGACCGGCGUCGUCGCCAAAGGCGGGCUGGUAAAUAUGCCAUUGGCGCUCACAGAGGGUUUGCGCAAUGUUCCCAAGCUGUACGGCGACAAGGUACGACAUAAUGGCCAGGUGAAAGACUGGAAGAGUGGCGGGAUCGUAGCCGCCAAGACAUUUGGGACCGGUUUCUAUGAUGGUUUGACGGGCAUAAUCACGGAUCCUUACAAAGGUGCGAAAGAGGGAGGGGCUCUCGGCCUGAUGAAGGGCGUGGGCACAGGGACCCUCGGCUUUGUGACCAAACCAGGAGCAGGAUUGGUCGGGCUGGUAGCAUACCCAGCGCAGGGAAUUCAUAAAUCCCUCAAGGCGAGAAUGGGACGGAGCCGUACAGUAUGGAUGGCAAAGGCCGAUAUCCUAGACCAUGAACGGCGGAAGCAGCGAGAAGGCCCCUCCGACGCGGGGGGCAAAGUGCUGCAAGUGUUUGAUGCCUACUUUACGCAAUAA